GUCUCCGAGUUUCAGCUGACCAACUCUGUGUUGUGUGUCUGUCGCCGAUCGCCAUUCGCCUUCUCCAACUCGGUGUCAGCGUUCGGCUGUGCAUUCGGCAAAGUGUGAAGCUGUGCCAUGGAUCAAAUUCCAAUUAUGUAUUCCUAGUGUCUCAUCCUUGGUAGAGUGGUGGUUAAAUGCUGCGCACCGAGUCGAGUUUUUAUUUUUUAAUUUUAUUUUCGUUUCGAUAGACUUUUAGCCGCUUCUUCUCCUCGGUUUCUCUCGAUUUUCCCCGCUCGCGACAUUUUUUCUCCCCCCGCUGUCGGUCUUUUACAUUCGCCUUUGGAUAAAACCCGCCUCCAAGGCUGACUUUUCAUCUUGAAAAGAGGGAUUUGACGUAGAAAGGAAAAACUAUGGAGUUCACCCUGUGUUUAUUGUAGUCGCGUGUUCUCUCUUCGCCUUUUCUUUUUUUUUCUUUUUUCCCACCAACCCCGUCUUUUCUCAUGUUGUUCGGAGUUUGAGCUUUUUUCUAAGCUGGACGUCAUGGUGAAGGAAAAGCCCGGAUCCACUCGAAUAUACGACCAGGACGGCUUCAGGAGGAGAGCCGCAUGCAUAUGCGUUAAAAGUGAAUCAGAAAACGAGGUUUUGCUUGUGACUUCUUCGAGCCAUCCAGAUCAUUGGAUUGUACCUGGCGGCGGAGUCGAGCCCGAAGAAGAACCCUCUAUGACUGCCGUGAGGGAGGUCGUAGAAGAAGCAGGAGUGCUAGGUGUACUUGGGAGGCGAUUAGGUGUUUUUGAGAACGAUGAAAGAAAGCAUAGGACUGAAGUUUUUGUAAUGGUAGUCACUGAAGAACUUCCCGAAUGGGAAGACUCACGGAGUAUUGGUCGGCAAAGGAAAUGGUUCAGCUUAGAAGAGGCACUUAAACAAUUAUCCCUCCAUAAACCAGUCCAACUGACAUACCUUGAAUCUCUUGUUACACCAAGAAAUGAAGCACAAGUAACCUAAUUUUUACAGAUAGGAAGGAAGCGAGAAAAAAAAUGUGAAUUUUAAAAUAAUGAGAUUUUAAACAUAAAAAAA